AGUGAAUACCUGUAGUUUUCUCAUUCAUAUCUCGUUGGAUUCCGUUCCUGGAUUCUGUUGAAUUGUUCGGUGCAAAAUGGAUUUUGCUGAGACAGCGCUAUUGUGCAUUAUCCUGGGAACAGUGCUGAAAGAAAAAGAGAAACCGAAAAGAAAAUUGUGGUCUCGGAAAUGGCUGCUUAGACGUAGACAGAAAGGCUGCUAUGAAAAUCUAAUGAGAGAAUUGGCUUUGGAGGAUGCCGAAGGUUAUAGAAGAUGGCUAAGAAUGAACACAGCAUCAUUCGAGUAUCUUCUAUCAUUGGUAUCACCUCAUAUUUCUGGAAGAGAUACGAACAUGAGAAUAGCCAUCACUGCAGGUGAAAAACUUGCUGUGACCCUGAGAUACCUUGCAUCUGGUGAAACACAAAGCUCCCUAUCUUUCCAAUUUCGAAUUGCCCAAAAUACUAUAUCAGGCAUUAUUAAAUUGGUGUGCAAUGCACUUGUGAAAGUGUUAAGCCGAAAUCAUCUGCAUGUGCCAUCAACAAAGACUGAAUGGGAAGCUGUGAGCGCCGAUUUUUACUCUAUGUGGCAAUUUCCUCAAUGCAUUGGUGCUCUGGAUGGAAAACAUAUAAAAAUUUCUCCUCCUCCAAACUCUGGCUCACUUUACUAUAAUUACAAAGGGGACUUUAGUAUUGUGUUAAUGGCUUUAGUUGAUGCUAAUUUAAAAUUUCUUUUUGUAGAUGUUGGGACAAACGGUAGAAUAAGUGAUGGGGGUGUAUGGGGAAAAUGUAAAUUAAAGUCAGCUCUGGAUAAAAAUGCAUUAAAUAUUCCAGUGGCGAAUACUUUGCCAUUAACUAAAACUAAAGUGCCUUAUGUAAUUGUUGCUGAUGAUGCUUUUCCUCUGUCAUUCAAUCUCAUGAAACCUUAUCCUGGCAGAGGCUUGAAUGAAGUGGAAAGGAUUUUCAAUGGGCCCCAUUAUCGUUUGUCUCGAGCACGGAGGGUUUCAGAAAAUGCAUUCGGAAUUCUUGCUGCUCGAUUUCAGAUUUUCAAGCAGAGAAUUCUAACGACUCCAAUGAAUGCUACAAAAAUAGUUUUGUCAUGUUGUGCUCUACACAACUUUUUAAUCUCUAAUAAUUCAAACAUCUAUAUACCACCUUGUAGUAUUGAUGUAGAAUUAAUUGAGAAUAAAGAAAUUCAAAGGGGUGACUGGAGGCAUUAUGCAUCUGAAGCCUUUGUUCCAUUGUUAAAGAGAAAAGGUAACCCUGGACAAAUUGCUAAAGAUAUACGUCAAAAGUUCUGUACAUAUUUUAAUGGAGUUGGUGCCGUUAAAUGGCAGAACGAUAUGUGCCUUUUACAUUAAUUUUUAAGUGUAUUGUCUAUUGUAUUAUUAAAUCUGUUACAUAAUAAAACUUUUUUUAUUGCUGUACUCAUUUUCAUGAAGUUUUGUUAUAAAUGAAAAGCCUGAUAAUUUGAAUUAAAAAAAUUGCAACUAUUAUUGCUAUCUUAUCAAACUUGCAGAUAAACCCUGAAGCCUGUGCAAUGAAAUUCCAACUUCUAUUGGCCUAAAAAGUUAUUGUAUUAGUUGAAAUUAAAUCAUAAAUAUAAUAAGGAUUGUAAAA